GUUGUCCGCCAUUUUACAUUUUGAACCGAGCUCUAUGUUUUUCAGAAGACAGUGUAAAUAGUACUUCUUUUCUCUGGCAAAAUGGACCAAUUUGACGUGAUAGCAAAUCAGCCUAUUGUCAUAGACAAUGGAUCAGGAGUCAUCAAAGCUGGAUUUGCUGGGGAUCAGAUUCCCAAAUACCAUUUUCCAAAUUUUGUGGGCAGACCCAAACAUGUUCGUGUCAUGGCCGGUGCCUUAGAGGGUGACAUAUUUAUUGGACCUAAAGCUGAGGAACACAGAGGCCUGUUAAAUAUCAAAUAUCCCAUGGAGCAUGGUGUUGUAAAAGACUGGAAUGACAUGGAAAGAAUUUGGCAGUAUAUAUAUUCCAAAGACCAGCUUCAAACAUUUUCAGAAGAGCAUCCUGUGUUAUUAACAGAAGCUCCCCUGAAUCCUCGCAGAAACAGAGAAAAAUCAGCAGAGAUAUUCUUUGAGACAUUUAAUGUACCAGCAUUGUUCAUAUCCAUGCAAGCAGUGCUUAGUUUGUAUGCUUCAGGUCGUACCACAGGUGUGGUGUUAGAUUCUGGUGAUGGAGUGUCUCACUCUGUCCCUAUUUAUGAAGGCUUUGCUAUGCCACACUCAAUUAUGAGGACAGAUAUUGCUGGAAGAGAUGUAACUGCAUAUCUAAGAUUGCUUUUGAGAAAGGAGGGCUUCAACUUUCAUUCGUCAUCUGAACUGGAAAUUGUAAGAACUAUUAAAGAGCGUGCUUGCUACCUUGCAAUAAACCCACAGAAAGAGGAGUCAAUGGAAGGAGAGAGGAUGCAAUAUGCUCUACCUGAUGGAAGUAUAUUAGAGGUUGGGCCAGCACGUUUCAGAGCACCAGAACUUCUGUUUAGACCUGACUUGGUUGGAGAGGAAUGCGAAGGAAUCCAUGAGGUAUUGGCAUUUGCUAUUCAAAAAUCUGACAUGGAUCUGAGGCGAAUUCUCUACUCAAAUAUUGUGCUCUCUGGUGGUUCAACUCUAUUUAAAGGCUUUGGAGAUCGGCUGUUGAGUGAGGUGAAAAAAUUGGCACCAAAAGAUAUAAAAAUUAGGAUUUCAGCUCCUCCAGAAAGACUCUACUCAACGUGGUUUGGGGGCUCUAUUUUAGCAUCUCUAGACACAUUCAAGAAGAUGUGGGUGUCCAAAAAAGAAUAUGAUGAUGAAGGAGCCAGAGCCAUUCAUCGCAAGACCUUCUAAGCUAUAUUAGGCUGAGCUAUAUGGUUUAAAUUAUAGAGAAAUGUAGAUAUAAGACAAGUGUCAUGUAAGUUACACAUAUGGGCUUCAUUUCUCAGUUCUAUUCUGGUGACAACUUUGUGACAACUUUGUGACUACUUUGUAGAUGAGGAUCUAAGGAAUGAGAUUUAUUCUUUUGAUUGCCUUACAGUUGUAAUAUUUGGAUGAACUUUUGUUGUGUUCUCCAAGAAAUUCACUUAAACAAUGCCUGUGGAAGGAGGGAUUUUUUACUCAUGGUUUUGUUUCAGCUUUGAAAUAGGGAGAUGAUGAAAAGGAAGAGGUGUUGUGUUUCCAGUUUUUUUGUGGCUCUACAGUUGUCUUACCUCCCAUACCAUGAGGUGACAACUGAAGUAUCUGGCAAAGGCCUGAAGAGUAACCAAAAAUUUUGCUGGCGGUUGACUCUUAUGUAAAACUCUAUCUUAGGUGACACUUCUUAACUUAACAGAAGCUAUGCAUACAUUCUCCUAAGAAGAACUAGAGAAAAGUCCCAGAACUAGUUAAGAAAAUUGCAAUGCAAAUAUUGCAUAGGACAUUACUGGCUGAGUGAUAAAUAUUAUGUAUGAAGUUGGUGUAGGUGGUUUUCAUUUGCAGAUGCAAAAAUAGUUAUAGAGAUAGCAUUCAAGGGACAAAGAACCCUUUUGACAAAUUUGAAAUCACUUUACCCCUUAACAUUAAUUAUUUUGCUUCAUCUUUUUUCUGUGGACAUCCCUCUUGAUCAAUUAUGACAUUCUCCUUGCAAUAUAAAGAUCUUGGCAAGGAGACAAUCUACAAGGAUGAAAGAAUUAACAAUAUGCACAUGCUGUCCAAAAUUAAUAUAACUCAAAAUCAGAUCUCUGAUCAGGGUUAGAGCAGGUUAAACAAUUCUGUUGUGAGUGCACUUCUUUCAUCACUUUUCACAAAGUUGUAGAUUGUAUUCCACAAAGAAGUAUACUUUACAGAUCAUGUUAUUUUCAUCUCUGCUUCAAAGGGUCUGUAUGAAAUUAUAACAAUUUUGGCCUCCUGAGAUCCUAUAGAGUAGUCUAUUCUCAUAAAAGUUCUCUUUAAAUGUGCUAAAAAUUCAAAUGCAGAGGCUGCUGUUUGUAAUCUUGCUCAGUAAAUGUGGCUGCCUCCUUUGAUGUUUCAAAGUUUCAUUCCCCUUUUUUUCAAAUCUUAGCAAUAUGUUUAAAUAUAAAUGAGUUCACAGAGAGGCAUUCUUGCAUUUAAAUUUUCAAAAUGGUUAUUUUUUGAUGCUCUGUUCUGAUUCUUACCAUUUAGGUGUGUUCAGCUAUGUUUCUGAGUUGUUUUGUAUGUCAAUUAUUGGCCAUAGUCACCAUUUUAGCACAUUUGAAGACAAUUUUUUAACAAUUAAGUGAGUUGUUGAAGUCUCGGAAGGUUGUAAGCAGGCAAUUUUUAUCUGUACUGUGAAAUUGUGCAGAUGAAAGUAAUAUGCACUUUCCUUUAAAGCCCUUUUACUAGUGGGAGUGACCAAUGAAAAUGUCUCCUUACUGUAUAAAUACAUUUUCAAGCAGGUAGUGCGAAUUAAGAAUGAUAUUAGCUAAUAAACAGGUUUAUUUAACAUCAACUCAGAACUAAAAUAAUAUGUUAGAAAUGCUUGGCAGACUGUCAGGAAGACAAUUAUUCUUGUGGUUUCAUUAAAGAUCAUCAUUUCACCAA